AUGGAGUUUGAUAAAGAGGUAAAACGCUGGCUAGCGUUUUACGAAGAAAACCCCCCGAUGGAAAUUAUACAGGCAACGUUAGCCCAAGUGGAUGCCUUCAUCACAGCAAAUGAAGACCAGGAGAACAAACUCUGGAUGGCGGAACAGCGCGCCUUUGAGAGACUGCCAGCUACCACACAG